AGAAGUGGAGGGGGCCAUGUUGCAGUGAACCUUCUCUGUAUGUCUACAGCUCAGGGUUGGUGCUUACAGGCACGAUUCUUAUGGUGUUAUACAAAAUGUUCAGUAACUGUAGAAGUUGACAGACAGGUAUUUCUCUCUGUAGUAACAAAAAUGUCUUCCAGUUAUUGGCUAAUAAAUAUAAAUGGAGAAAAGUGUUUCACUGUUGCUGUUUUCUGUUUGCCUUAAAGACCUUUUUGCGUUGUGCAGGGAACUGGCCUGGGAACUGGGAGUGUGUCUUGUCUUCAUAGUCUGUGUUUUACUACCUCUUGUAUCUUCUGAGUGCCUCCUCCAGUGGAUACUCCUUUUGUUGGGUGGUUUCCCUGCCUUGCCCCAGCCUGGAGUCUGUUCCUGCUGUGCCAGGGGUCUUGGAUGCCUCCCUGGGAAUGGGCCCAUGCAGAGAAGAGCUGGAGCGUUCAUGGCACUUCCCAGCUGCUGUGGAUUUGUGUCUGGAGGCCCUUUGUAAGUGCCAGGGCAAACUGUGUUUUGUGCUGGCAAACUCCUCUCAUUCUCUUGGCUGCUGUGGUGCCUGCACAGCUCAGGGAUGUGCGUGGGCACUGCCGGGAGGGAGUGGGGGAAAUAUUUCAGGUCCACCGGUUUCUUCGCACUGCAGAAUUUUAUUGGAAUCUGACCUUAGUCUUGUUUGAUGAUCCUGGCUUUGUAAAGUGUAUACAGGAAGGUAUCUGGAUGAUGUUACUUUGCCAUUAAAUAAAGCCUAAGUACAAAUAAAAUACAUGCAGAUUGGUUCGACUCUUUAAAUUAGACCUGGGAGUUUUAAGUCUGGAGGUGCAGAUAAUGCUUCCUGUGCCUGGCCAUUCUUUGGACUGUUCUUGGUACUCAAGGAACAUUUCUUCUAUCCCUCGUUUUGCACCACAAAUUUCUGAUAAGUUUUCAAAGCCUGAACUCCAUGUGAAUUUCUCUGUCAUAGAAGAUUCUCCCAGUGAAUGACUUUUAACCCAAAUCAUUGAUUCCUUAAUGUUUAAAGAUCUGCUUUACUAAAUACUAUUAGAAAACUGGCCUCCACCUUUAAGAAUAUCUUUUGUGUACUCGUUAACAUUGGACCUUUGUUUGGCAAACUGACUUUCAGACAUUUCCAAGAAUGUGAGCAAAGUAGUGCAUGGUCAUCUUUUUGGUAUGUUGUGUCUCUGAAUAGUAUCUCGUGUUUCCUAUCUUUAGACAACAUCAUGUCACAUUGGGGCUAGGGGGAACUGUUAAUAGAUCAGCUGCAAGGGAACUGAACUAAAUACCAGCAGGUUGUAACCUGAAUUCUAACUUGGUGUGUUUAGUCUGUACCUUUGAAAAAAUGACAUUACAAUUUUCUGUUGGUGGUGUGUAUUGUCAGUGUCUAGUGUCUCAUAGUUCCUACACAAAGUGCUAAAUAAACUCUGCACCGCUGUAUUUCUGUUGUCACAGUUAAAUAAAGCCUCCUGUGAAUAGCAACUUUUCUCUCCUUCCUUCUUAUUCCAUAUUUUAGAUUACUGUGCAGCAAAGUAGCUUUUAUACAAAAGCAGUGUUGGGGCACGAUGUGACACUGAGGGGGGACCCCGAUCUGGGGCAGGAGCUGGUGUUGGGCUCCAGGUGACACUGAGAGCUCCAAGAGAAGGAACACCAGCGAUGCCAUCGCUCCUGGAGCAGGCACUGCUCCUCUUGGGAAUCAGCUCUGCCUCCCUGGCCUCUCCAGCAAUAUUGACCUUGAACCUGGCAUCUUCUUGAACAUUAUCCUGCACUCCCUGAGGAGAUACACAGCCCUGUGCUCUAGGACAGUUUGGUAACUCCCCAUCGAGGUGCUGCUGGUCCCAGGAGCAGGAGGAAGACAAAAAAUGUUCCUGUGAACUUCUGUCUGGACCCUGCUGCUGGUAUUGACUGCCACCAGAAACCUCCACCUUGGAAAUAGACACCUGGAUCUGUCUGUAGGAAGAUAAAAGACCUGUUCAGUCUCCCAUGGUGUCUCCACUUCUCUGCUUACUUCUGUCAGACUGCUUUGGUGCUACAGAUCCAUAACAUGGUGGCAGUGCUGGAAGUGAUCUCCAGCCUGGAGAAAUAUCCCAUUACCAAAGAGGCACUUGAGGAAACAAGACUCGGGAGGCUUAUCAAUGAGGUGAGGAAGAAGACCUCUAAUGAGGAACUUGCCAAACGUGCCAAGAAAUUGUUGCGGAAUUGGCAGAAGUUGAUAGAACCCGUAACCCAGAAUGAGCCAGUGCCAAGGGGGCUGCCCAACCCACCGGGAUCAGCGAAUGGAGGUGCUCACAACUGCAAACCAGACACACAACUUCCUGCUGUGGCUGGCUCCAAGCCCAUCAGCGAACUGAAAAGCAGGAAUGAUAUCCAGAAACUAAAUUCUCCAAAAACAGAGAAACUGGGAAAUCGGAAAAGGAAAGGUGAUCACAGGGAUGGGCAUCAGGGCCCUCCUCCCCCAAAGGUCUCCAAAGCUAGUCAUGAAGUAUUACAAAACUCUUCACCCCCUCCAACCAAUGGAAUUGGAGGUAGUCCUGAAAAUUUUCCUAGUCCUGUAGACAUAAACCUACAUGCAGGGCCCGAAAGCAGCAGGACAGAUCUCAGUGAAAAUGAUAAACACAAUAAGAUCCCAGUAAACGCUGUAAAACCUCACACCAGUUCUCCAGGACUUGUAAAACCUUCAAGCACUUCCUCGUUACUAAAGACUGCAGUGCUUCAGCAGCAUGAUAAAUCAGAAGAAGCCACGGGCCCCCACCAGCCCAAGAGCCCGCGCUGCUCCUCCUUUAGCCCCAGGAAUGUUAGGCAUGAUACUUUUGCUCGGCAGCACACCACAUACUCACCAAAGGAUUCGAUGCCCAGUCCAUCUCAAAGGUCUCAGUUCUUAGAUGCUGCACAGGUGCCAUCGCCGCCACCGUCCCUGAUGCAACCAUCCACACCUCCCAUGCCAGCCAAGAGACUGGAGUUCCCUCCUCAGGCGGCCCCCGAGGCGGCACAGCACUGGCAGGAGCAGCAGGGAGCCGCCGAGGGCCAGCACAGGCACACAGCAGGGACACUUCAGCAGCACACGGCUCCCGGCUGCAAAGGUCACCCUGGGGAAUCGCUCCCACCACACAUGGGCUUCCCACAGGACACUUCCAAAAUGGACAGUGACGAUGCUGCUUCAGGGUCCGAUAGCAAAAAGAAGAAAAGGUACCGACCCAGAGACUAUACAGUCAACUUGGAUGGGCACGUGACAGAAGGGGGUGUGAAACCUGUGAGGUUAAAAGAGAGAAAACUCACUUUUGAUCCCAUGACAGGACAGAUAAAACCUUUAACACCGAAAGAUCCUUUGCAGGUAGAAAUCCCUGCACUUACUGAACAGCACAGGACAGAAACAGAAAAGCAGGAGCAAAAACCCAACCUGCAAAGCCCCUUUGAACAAACGAACUGGAAAGAGUUGUCCAGAAACGAAAUCAUUCAGUCAUAUUUAAACAGACAGAGUAGCUUGCUGUCUUCAUCAGGAGUACAGACUCCAGGAGCUCACUACUUCAUGUCUGAGUAUUUAAAGCAGGAGGAAAGCACUAGAAAAGAGGCUAGAAAGACUCACGUUCUAGCUCCUAACAGCAAACCUACAGACUUGCCUGGGGUCACCAGAGAGGUCACGGGCGAUGACCUUGACAGAAUACGUGACCACAACUGGCCAGGCGUGAACGGUUGUUAUGACACACAGGGUAACUGGUAUGAUUGGACACAGUGCAUAUCCUUAGAUCCACACGGGGAUGAUGGGAGAUUGAACAUCCUGCCUUACGUCUGUCUAGACUGAGAGCAGUUCUGCUAACCACGCUUUUUACACCUGCAGUUAGCAGAACUGGCAGACACGAUGCCACUUCCAGCUGGAGAGAGCCUCCUGUCCUGGACAAACAGGCCCCACGAGCAGAGGGGGGGAGGGAGCUGGGCUUUUCCAGCUCAUUCCUUUAAAUUCUCCUUUUGUGAAAUGCUGCUACCAGUUUACUAACAAUUGCAAAGGAAGGCAUACGAAGGUUGAUCAGUUGAGUUCAAAACUCUAUAGCGAGCCAGCUCUAAAAAGUGUUAGUCCCCAAGAAGUGAAGAGGAUUUCCAGCACUUUCUGAAUGCCGGAAUCUUACUACAGGCAGGUACAGAGAAAAAUUGUGGAAGUUACCUUAACAAAAUAUGCAUCUAUUUAUUUGACUUGAUUUGGGUUUUUAUUUGGCAGUGAGAUAUUCGAGAGACAAUGUGCAAAAACUGUAGUUUUAUUUCUAUCACAUCUCUGAACAUGAUUGCAUUAUUUAAGAGUCAUGUGGUACGGAGAUUGGGUUUUAAACAGCAGGUGUUGCACUGCAGGCUGGGCCACCAGCUUCAGCUCAACAUUCCAUAGGCAUCCACAUAUUUUAGUCUGGUUUCAGUUUAAAUCCAGUCUCUGAGAAAUGCUGCAAAAACUAGAUGUUUAACGAUAUUUUUUGAUCCCACCACCACCAGCCAAAUAUUUUUCCUCCUUUUCCCUUCCUGCAAACUUAUAGGUAAAAAACAAAAAGACAAAAAAAACAAAAAGACAAAAAAAAAAAAAAAAAAAAAAAGAAAAAUCACCUUUUCUAGAAUCUAAAUGUAAUGAGGGUGCUACAAGUUUGUAACUGUACUGUGAGAGGGAAAAAGGAAGCCUGUUUGUAUGCUGGAAAUAUACUUGUUACCAUUCCUUUAGAUAUUGUUUGCCUUAUGGAUAUCCAUCAUAAACGCAAUUUGCAAAAACAAAGAGCCUUAGUGAAUGUACAGUAACUAGACUUCUGUGUUCCUGGGAUGCAGAAGGGAGCAACUUUGCUAUUUGGUCCUUUAAGUGGACACGUUGUGAUAUAAAUGUGGAAAUAAAAAAAAUUUGCACAAA